AUGUACCUUUCGGCAGCAGAAAAACUCUGUCAGGGCUCUUUACCGACGCGACGAGUACGUUCAAAGAUUUAUACGGACCUGGAGCUCGAAUGGGACGCUCAAGACGUCAUGGGCUGUCUUACUGAAGCCGGAGCUACUCCAGUCAAGAUGGGGAAGUACUUACGCAGAGGUUCUUCAGACUGGUUCAACCAGCACGUCGGCACCAAGCAACACUGCAAGCAGGUGUACACCACGUACGACGCGAUCGCCGAAGGGUAUCUCAAGCUAGGGAACACCAGGGCUACUUCUGUCCCCACCAACGAAAAGACCGGCAGUGGAAGCGGCAACAACGCCUACUGCAUCGUCGCUUGA